CGCACUUUGGAAGAUUUUGACCAGGGUGCUCUGGUGUCGAGCUUGCUUGCUCUUUGCCGGCUCGUACCUUCCUCUGCAGUGCUCUCAAGCGCGUACAACCGCUUCGUGACACACGCACUGCGUCUCCUCUAUCUACCUGUCCCGGUUGCACCACGUAACUUCCCCUGUAGCCCAAGCAGUCGACCAAAAUGGCGUACAACUACGUAGCUACGGCUCAGAAGCCCACGAGCGUCACACACUCGCUUACAGCGGCUUUCACGGGCGCGAACGACACCAAUCUGCUAUUAGCAAAGAGUACACGCUUCGAGGUGCAUCUCUUGACGCCCGAGGGGCUCCAGCCGCAGCACGACAUCAACCUGUACGGUCGUAUCGCGAUCUUCGAGGUGUUCCGCGCCGCCAACGAGCCUCAGGACUGGCUCUUCAUCGUCACACAGCGCUUCCAGUUCUGUGUGUUAGCCUAUGACGCAGCCACGCAGCAAGUAGUGACCAAGGCGCACGGCAGCAUCCGAGACUCGAUCGGUCGCAGUAGCGAGAUUGUCACUAGUGGCAACAUCGACCCAGAGGGCCGAUUGAUCGGCAUGAAUCUAUACGAGGGCUACUUCAAGGUCAUCCCUAUUGACAAUGGCAAGGGAAUACUGCGAGACACGUUCAAUAUCCGUCUGGACGAGUUGCGAGUCAUUGACAUCAAAUUCCUUCAUGGCUACAACAAACCCACCAUCUGUGUGCUGUACGAGGACUACAAGGCCGCGAGACACUUGAAAACGUACCAUAUUCUACUCAAGGAGAAGGAUUUCGCCGAAGGACCGUGGAGUCAGUCAAACGUCGAGUCUGGAGCGAGUUUAUUGAUCCCAGUGCCAGCACCAACGGGCGGUGUGUUGAUUGUGUCCAACCAGACUAUUGUGUACCAUAAUGGAAGCACAUUCCACGCUAUUCCGAUGCAGAGCACAGUGAUUCAAGUGUACGGGGCGGUGGAUAAGGAUGGGUCGAGGUUCUUGCUUGCUGACCAGUACGGAACGCUGUCUGUUGUGGCACUGCAACACACUGGGAAGGAGGUGAGUGGGGUGCAUCUUGAAGUACUUGGAGAGACGAAUAUUGCGUCCUGCUUGUCGUACUUGGACAAUGGUGUGGUAUUUAUUGGCAGCACAUUCGGUGAUUCGCAGCUGAUUAAACUCAACGCUGACCGUGAUGAGAACGGGUCGUACAUUGAAGUCCUAGACACGUACGUGAACGUCGGACCGAUUAUCGAUUUUUGCGUGAUGGAUCUCGAUCGUCAGGGUCAAGGGCAGAUCGUGACUUGCAGUGGGGCUGACAAGGACGGAACGCUGCGUGUGAUUCGCAAUGGCAUUGGAAUCAACGAACAAGCCAGCGCUGAGCUACCAGGUAUUAAAGGCAUGUGGUCACUUCGCGAGACAUUCGCUGCAGAACAUGACAAGUACCUUGUGCAGAGUUAUGUGAGUGAGAUUCGUAUUCUCGCUAUCGGCGACGAGGACGAGAUGGAAGAGAAGGAAAUCCCGGCGUUCACGAACGUAAAGACGCUACUCUGUCGGAAUAUGUAUGGAGAUUAUUGGCUGCAAGUAACUGAGUCGGAAGUGCGUCUUAUCAGCUGCACUUCCUUUUCGCUCAGCUCGACUUGGUCACCAGUGUCAGGAUCAAGGAUUACAGUAGCUGCUGCUAAUCCCACACAGGUUGCAGUCGCGACAUCCGGCGGUGUGCUCGUGUACUUGGAAGUUGAGAACGGGCAGGUUUUUGAGAAGACGAAGGUGAAGAUGGAACACGAAAUCGCGUGUGUGGAUGUUAGUCCGCUUACUAGCAGCGAUGGCGGGGAUGGUGACGUCUCCAUGACGGGCUCAACAACGCAUUGGGACAUGGCUGCGCUUCGCAGUUCGCUGUGUGUCGUCGGACUGUGGACUAGCUUUUCGGUUUGCGUGUUGCAACUACCAAGUCUUGAGAAACUGACUACUGAAUCGCUAGGAACGGACCUGCUUCCUCGAUCAGUGCUCUGCAACACAUUCGAGGGAAAUGAUUAUCUGCUUGUUGGACUGGGCGAUGGCAGUCUUAUGAACUAUGAGCUGAACGUCCAGCAAGGGACAAUUGGUACUCGGAAGCGAGUGUCACUGGGCUCACAGCCUCUCUCACUGUCAACUUUUCGUUCCAAGAACAUGACGCACGUGUUCGCUGCUUGUGAUCGCCCGACAGUCAUAUACUCCAACAACAACAAGCUGCUCUACUCCAACAUCAACUCAAAGGAAGUGAACGUCAUGUGUCCGUUCGACUCCGAGUCCUUCCCAGAGUGUCUGGCGUUGUCGUCCGAAGAAGAGCUGACGAUCGGUACCGUCGAUGACAUUCAGAAGCUGCACAUCCAAACGUUCCACUUGAACGAGUGGGCGCGCCGAAUUGCUCAUGAUCCAGACUCACACACACUUGGAGUGCUGACUGUGAGCUUUACCGUGGACGACACAGGCGAGGAGGUGGAUCAGGGCUUUGUGCGUUUGUUUGACGACCAGACGUUCGAAGUGCUGCACUCGUACCGACUGGAUCCGUUUGAGACCCCCUGCUCAGUCGUCGUAUGUCCUUUUGCUGGAGACUCCGUGAACGCGUCGUACUUUGUAGUUGGAACUGCGUAUAUCCACGAGGAAGAAGCGGAACCCCACCAAGGUCGGAUCCUAGUGUUCGCAGUCACAGGGAUCCAUGGCGAGCGGAAGCUGCAGUUGGUCACCGAAAAGGAAGUCAAGGGUGCCGUAUACUGUCUGAAUUCUUUCAAUGGGAAGGUGCUGGCAGGUGUUAACAGCAAGGCACAGCUUUACAAGUGGAGUGAGAAUACUGACAACGAGAAGGAGCUGGUGUCGGAAUGCGGCCACUACGGUCACACGUUGGUGCUGUAUAUGGAGUCCCGAGGUGACUUUAUUGUGGUGGGUGACCUCAUGAAGUCGAUCUCGUUGUUAAGCUACAAGCAACUGGAUGGUACGAUUGAAGAGAUCGCGAAAGAUCUGAACUCGAAUUGGAUGUCUGCUGUGGGCAUUAUCGAUGACGACACGUACAUAGGCAGUGAGACGGAUUUCAACUUAUUUACUGUGCAACGCAACAGCGGCGCGGCGUCUGAUGAAGAGCGUGGCCGUCUAGAGACAGUUGGAGAGUUCCAUCUCGGUGAGUUCGUUAACCGCUUCAGAUAUGGAUCCCUGGUGAUGCAGAACAGUUCGUCUGCUUCACAAGCUCCUGCUAUUGCCUCUGGGCCCACUGCCAUGGUUGAUGUGGGUGAACCAGCUCCUGUUGUUCCAGCCGUUCAAAACCAGUCGAUGCUGUUUGGCACUGUCAGCGGCAUGAUUGGUGUGAUCUUGCCGAUCACUAAAGACCAGUACGCGUUCUUACUACGCGUCCAGCAAGCGCUCACACAAGUCGUGAAGGGCGUUGGUGGCUUUUCGCACAAGGACUGGCGCACGUUUGAAAACCGGCGGUCAGUGUCUGAAGCUCGGAACUUUAUCGAUGGAGACUUGGUGGAAAGCUUCUUGGACUUGCCGAAGCCUCAGAUGAUGAAGGUUGUGGACAAGUUGAACAGUGAUGGGAUGCUGGAUGGAACGGAUCAAUUUACGGUGGAGGAUCUGACUUUGCGGAUUGAAGAACUCGCACAACUACACUAAGUGAUUCAUACAGCUUACAAUUGAUGGACAGAGGAGCUGCACGGACGCAUUCGAUCUGUGUUUCAAUCACAAUUUGCUUUGCACUUGGAA